UGCAACUGUUUUCAUUGUAGUACGUACUAAGGAUCAUGUAGAUAUAGCUGCAUUUUUAUAAAAUAUCUUUAGAAACAUAGUUCCAAGUGGGUUACGGUGAGUGAGAGAGUCGCUCCUGGGAGACGAGUUUUUCUUUGAGGGCAGGAGCAAAAACAUGCGUGCCCGUGUCGGCCGGUUCUCCGGCAAUGCGCUGCUGCUAGCUGCGUCCGCCGAAGGGCGUUUUUUCGAGCCGCUGCUUACCGGCAGCCGGUUGGCGAAGACCAAUCUGCUAGCAAAGAAGAGCGAGGUGACAGGCUUUUGCGACGGCGCCAAAACGGUUGCGGAAUGCGACGCGGAGAAGCAGGUCUGCAAGGCGAAUUGCGACGCUAGCCACGGCGACUGCAAGCGCGACGAAGAGCGGUGUAAGCAGGACAUUCAUCGCUGCAAGGAGGACCGCAAUCACUGUCGAAACAGCUGUGGUGGACGCUGGCGGCAGAAACGGCGGUGCAAGCGCAACUGCAACCACCGGCACGCCUGCGGCCGCUCCUGGGACUGCCGCCGGAAGUGCGGCUGGAAGCGGGGAAAAUGCAAGGCCCGCUGUCCGCCGGCGUACAAGUGUAAGAUGAAGGCCGCUGCGUGCGGCAGCGUCGUGAAGGCCAAGGAGGUGGUUGCGAACACCGGGUUCGGCGCGAUGCUGGAGAUGGCCAUGAAAGGGAUGGAAAUCGAAUCCAAGCCCGCGUACUCCCAACUCUUUCCCGAGCCGAACGGGGUCUACGAAACGGGGUACGACUACAAAGCCAACCCCUGGCUGCUGUCCACCGUCCGCUACCAGCUGGCCGUCACGAUGGCGGGCUACGACUUUUCCAGCGCACUCGCGGGGGGCGGCGAGGAGUACGGCAGCAACUUCCAACCGGUCACGCCGAGAUCGGUGUCCGACCCGGCGAAAUACUGUGGCUUGGGUUCCGAAACCGCGGACGCCCAGUACAAGGCGGUGAAGACGUGGAACCUGAAAAAGGGCACACACGAUACCCAGGGCUCCGCGUACGUGUACGAAGACGCGAAGCAGGUGAUCGUCACGAUGAACUUCCGCGGCAGCGAGACCCCGUCCUUCGAGACCCCGAAAGAGAAUUUUGUGCAGUCCCUGUCGCAGCUGCGUGACUGGGUGGGCACGGACUUCGUCUUCUUUCCCGUCAAGGACAAGAUCUGCAGGAAGGACAACGUGCAGAUCCACCGCGGCUUCCGGCAAGCCUACCGCCACUUCGUCAAGUACGGCAAGGACAACGAGGGGCUCAACUGGAUCCAAGCCGUCAAGAAGCUACUGAAGGAAAAAAAGAAAGACGGGAAGGAAUUGAAAAUGAUGAUCUCCGGGCACUCGCUAGGUGGCGCGCUCGCCGCCUUGGCCACCUACGACUCCUGGUGCAACAAGCAUUUUCACAAAGACCUCGGCUACUCCGAGGACGCAAAGGACUUCCCCAGUGGACCCUUUAGUACGUUUUAUUUUUUUGCUUCGUGCUUCUGCUUUCUUCGAUUCUUCGCACCAAGUUAUUAUGUAAUCUAGUAGGUCUAGAUUCUAUAAUCUCUUUCUCUCAAACAGAAAAAAAUAGCGGAGAGAAGAUCAUGUUCGUUGAUGAAACUCCACCACCGUCGUGCAACAGCUGCCUCCAAAAAUGCUACUUCUACUUCAUUCUUGUAUUUACUAUAUACAGCUGUGACGUACGGUGAGGCGUUUCCGUUUUGGGGGUUGGAGUCCAUUGACGAGUACGCUGCGACGGUUCCGUUGAAAAACCGAGUCCGGGUGAACACCUGUGGGCAGCGUGGUGAGGUUUUCGGCGGCGAUACGGUCGGGUCCGUCACCAAUUUCUACGCGGACGAGGAUGGAGGGUGGCGCCACACCUCUGACGGAGACUUCCAGUGCGCGUGGGUGAGCCGAACUGCUGGGGACUCGUCCUGCGUGGGCCUGUAUCCGGGGCGAAUGUGUGAUCUCUGUCCGGAACAAAAAUGGAGUGACUGCGAAAGUUGGCAUGUACUAAUUUAGUUUUUUCGUGCCAGCCCGCCUACAAGGUCCGCAAUGUUGCACUAGGGCGAAGUAGCAUCUCCAAGAACCUAGAUUUUUGUGCGAAGCAGAAUUUUCACAAGCGCACGAGACAGGACGCAUGGCAAGCAUGCGCGCUAGUUCUACAACCAGUCCGAGGCUACACGUUCGCAAUUCAUAGCACCCCCGGCACGUUCCUGUGUCACCUGUUGGAUCGGUACCUGGAGGGGACCAUGAACGCCUGUCCGACGGACACCCUGAGUGACGCCGAGAAGUGCCCCAAGCCGCCGCGCACCGACAUGACGGGCUUCUGCCAGGGCGAGGUGCCCGUGGGCCCAGACUUCAAGGGGGACAUGCCCAAGUUUUGGUUCGUGGAGUACUUCAAGACGUUCAAGAAGGUCGGGCAGGAAGUGUGGAAGGCCAUCCGCAACCCGGGCGAAUUCGCCAAGUCGCAAAUGGGGAAGCUAAAAGGCAAGUUCGGAAAGGGCCUGGUGCAAGUCGACGAGAGCGUUGACUUGGAGGAGGAAGAGACCAAGCAGGACAAAAUCGAACAGCAGCUGGAGUGUGACGAGGGAGACGAGUGGGAUCAGGAGCACGGCGCCGUAGGCAUUGCAAAUAUAAUGUCUGGCUCUGGAUGAAUGCUGCAACUGGGCAUGCUUAGUCUGCAUUGUGCAAAAAAUCUGUGUUUUGUGUUGAGCGUCACAAGCAGCCCCCGACUUGCUACGCAGGCAGCGCAUGACGUCCCGUGCAGAAUCGGCAUGAAGAAGCGCGUGCGCCGCAGUCUGUAAUGGUUCUGUGUGCAUUUUUCCAGGCAAUCGGGGUGGUCGAUGAGAUGCAUGACAAACACGCGCGCUCUCCCAGACCACCCAGACACAUUUGCAUUUGACACAGCGUCGACGAAAAUGACGACAGCGCAGAGAGCGAGUUGUAGGGGCCGCUACGGCUCAAGGCGGUAUUUAAGGCAGGAGAGCUUUUUAUUUAUAUCGAAACAUGGUGUAUGAUGCGCUACGACAUCUAGUAGGUGUAGGGCGAUUUGACUCAACAAUUUACAAUCAGGACGAAAGAGCGUAGUUCACUAAGUAGGUGUUUCUUUUCUUUUCCUCGCUAAGGUUCUUUUUCUUUUCUAGACGAUGUAGUGACGGUAUGGAAGAAGUGUCAGACCACUUUUUAAAAAUUCUGGCCUCUACUGAUGAUUCACUGAUGAAGAAGCCACCUCGCUUCGCUUCCGUGUAAAAUAGUUUGUCGUCGUGUAGUUCCGCCAAGUCGCGUUGUGAGUGCACGCAGCUGAACGAGCAGGAAAAAUUACUUACUUACUACACGUGUGACAUAUACCACAGAAAGGCAGAGGCAGAACUUUUAAAUGCUUCACCCACUCUAUCAUAAGAAUGAGAGAGACGCACACCAAAGCGAACUAAACGGGACGGGACUGCUUUGUUAUUGUGUUACGACGUCUUGGAAAGAUGGAGCGGAGCUCACUCUGCGAACAUGUCUAUCCACGAUAAUGCGUCGUGGGCAUGUUUAGGAGACAAAACAUCGCCACUCUCGCACUACUUCGCGUUCACUUGUGGUUUUGUUAUACGAGAAGUCACAAGAAUUGGACACGCGGUUCGCUCCGCCGUCUGCACGAGACUUUCC